AUGAAGACGUUUCAAGAUUUCGAUGUUGAUGAUCCCAAGGUGGAGGAAAGAAGAAGUCUUCUUCCUAAAACCAUUAGACGAGUUGAGAACGUGAAGGUUAUUAGAGUUCCCUCGAAAUGGCCAGGCCUUACUAUUGCUACCAUUUUGUUUGUCUGGUGGACAUGGGUUGUCAUAUCAGAUUUAGUUUGGUCUGAGGAACCAAUAUCUGAUAUUCGUGGGAACAAGUACUAUGAGUUUGAUGAGAUAAUACCGAGUGAAAAACUUAAAUGGUACCCAUGUUUUGACGUUCCUGGAUCGAGUACAUAUUGCGUUAAUUCUAAUACCUGGAACCAUACCGGAGAUAAAUUCUCUGAAUCGCCGUUACUCCUGAAUCCAGGUGGCCCCGGAGGCUCUGGUACAUUGUUUGGUUUAGCAGCUGGAUCGUUGAUUCAAAAUAUUGUUGGUGGCGAUCAAGAUGUGAUUGGAUUUGAUCCUCGAGGUAUUGGAGCAACGACACCACGAGCCGAUUGUUUCUCGUAUGGAGGGACAUACGAUGGAGUGGGAGAUGAUCAGGCACGAGGAGAUUACCACAGGCUACUCUUCAACACCGCGGGCCAAGCAAUCGGUCUGGCUAAUACGAGUUCAACAGCAUUGAGACAUCUUAACGCACGUGCAAAAGCUAUGGCAAAUUAUGCGUGGGAUGAUUGGACCUCGAGUAUAAAAGAAGAAUCGGCAUACUCUGAUAUUGCCGAUACUGAUCUUCCUAAUGAAAGAGAGCCAGAAAAUGAAUUCGAAGAUGCAUAUCUAGAAACAAAGGGUAAAUUAGUGUAUUGGGGUUUCAGUUACGGGACACUUCUUGGAUCUACCUUCGCAGCAAUGUUCCCGGAUAGAGUAGGCCGACUUGUCCUGGAUGGUGUUGUCGAUGCUGAUCAUUAUGUUGCUCCUAUUUGGCUCGAGAGUCAACGAGAUGCGGACAAGGUGUGGUCGUCUUUUUUCAAAUACUGCCACGAGGCGAAGUCUGCGUGUCAAUUCUACAGGGAGAAUGACAAGGUAAAAGAUAUCGAGGAGAGGUUUGAGUCUUUUAUGGAGAGACUGAAAGAGAACCCGAUACCUGUUGUUUCAAAGGACAUCCUAGCACCCUUUCUCGUGACCUAUUCAGACGUCAAAUAUCAAAUUUUCCUGACGCUCUACGCUCCCCUGUACGGUUUCCGAGCUGCCGCUGAAUUGCUUGAUGCCCUGGAACGCAAUCUCGAAGGUUGGUUUGAGCUUGUUCCAACACCUCCGUCGUACGAUCUCGAGCUCGUUUGUAACCAUUCUCUGCCAAAGUGGAGUUAUUACGAUGAUGCGCAAAGAGUCAUUCUUUGCAGUGACAAGAAGUACCCACUCAACCACACAUACUCUGAGAUUGAGAGCAUGUUCGAAGACAUGGAAGCCCAAUCAGUAUUUGCGGAUGCAUGGAUGUCGCUCAUGAUACAAUGUUCUGGAUAUGAUAUCCAAAACCCUGUUACACCAUUAUUCGCAGGAGUAAAGAUGGCCACAAAGUUCGUGGACGCGGGCUUCUUUGAACAAGAAUCCGAAGGACAUUGCACUAUAGCUGUGAAAUCCAGAUGUACCAUUGAGAAAGUCAGGGCGUACUUUCGUGAGGGAAAAGUGCCCGAUGCUCCUAGGUUCAGAGGAGAGGGAUCAGAUUUGCUUGAUGAGGAGUGGGAAAAGUGCCCCGCCGAUGAAUGGCCAUGGCACGAAUAUCAACCAAGUGCUCUUGUAGCAAACGAGGUAGAGGCAGCAGAAUUGGAGCGAUUAGAUGCAUGGGGUGGUAUCCGGGACGCUUUUACCAAAUUGAUCUUUGGGGUGCGAGGGAGUUCAGAAGAUUUGGCAUUGCCUUGUGAUUUAGCAUAUAUUGAUAUAUUAGCAUAG